CACGGCUCAAUGUCUUCUGUAGUUUCUGUUGCCUGUGCUUCUUCGUCAUACGUCCGCCAGUCCACGUUACACUUAGGCUCAGAUGCUUGCGUGGCUGCCGUCCUUUAUCUUCACUGCUCUCAAGCUCACUCAUUCGCCAUCCACUUUUCGAGAGCCGCGCCCAAAGCUCCAAGCAAAACUACUUGUGCACUGGUGCUGAGGUGCUGCUACUGUUACCUCCGAGAUGCUGGUGGAGGUGGUGCUGCUCGGGGUGUUACUGCUGCUGCUGAGGAAGGCCCUGAAGAAGCCCUCCGAGUACCCGCCUGGUAGGUGGGGGCUGCCGCUCGUGGGUUAUGUGCCGCUUCCUGGACCCACCUACCAGGACCACCUGAGAAACCUAAACAAGAAGCACGGCGACUUAUACCUGUGGAGGAUGGGUGCACAGCUGAUGGUGUAUGUGCACGACUUUCGGCUGAUGCGCGACGCCUUCAGCAGGCCAGAGUUCACCGACAGACCUGAUUUUCAAAUCUUCUCGUUUUUGGAGGAAAAGGUUUUAGGCGUCGUUGGAACCAAUGGCGAUGCCUGGGUCAACAACCGCCGCUUCUCGCUGCGGCAACUACGGGACUUGGGAAUGGGAAAAUCCAGGCUGGUGGACGCCGUGCAGCGGCAGGCGACGUGGCUGGUGGAGGUCUUCAAGAAACAGGCGGGCAAGGCGGCGCCCGUCCCCUACGCCCUUAGGGUGGCCAUCGUCAACGUCAUUUGGCAGCUGGUGGCCGGAAAGCAGUUUGACAUCGAAGACCCAAAGAUGCAGGAGUUCGAAAAACUAAUGGAUGAAAUUUUGAGCAACCAGGACCGAGCGUCUAUCCAGGACUUCCUGCCUUGGCUGCGUUACAUCAUGCCUUCCUCCGUAUUUAAGCGACUAAGCAAAUACGACAGCACGGUCUACAGCAAGAACAAAUUCCUCACGUAUUUCUUUGAGGUGAUCGAGGAGCACCAAGCCACCCUGAACCCCGGCGAGCCCAGGGACCUGAUCGACGGCUACCUGAUGGAGAUGGAGCAAAAGAAGAACGACCCGGACACCACCCGCAGCAAACGAGAUUUAGCCUUUCUGGUGCUGGACUUGUUCUUUGCCGGCAACGAAACCACCACGACCACCGUCACCUGGGUAUUUUACUACCUGGCCAAUCACCCGCGCGUCCAGCAGAAGCUACAGGCGGAGAUCGACGCAGUGCUCACCGACGGACGCCUCGCUACACUGGAGGACAAACCAAGACUCCCCUACACCGAGGCUGUCAUCCACGAGGUCCUCCGCAUGUCGUCCCUGAUCCCCACCGGUGUUCCUCAUGUGGCCAGCAGGGACACGACCCUCGGCGGCUACACCAUCCCCAAGGGAGCGGUGAUUAAUGGCACCACUUUUACCAUUCACCGAGACCCACGCUACUGGGACAACCCCGACGAGUUCCUCCCCGAGCGAUGGCUGGACAGCGACGGCAAGUUCGUUACCAAGAAGGAAGGAUUUCUACCUUUCGGUGUUGGCAAGCGGCAGUGCCUCGGCGAGAGUCUGGCCCGCAUGGAGAUACUAGUCUUCAGCACCACUGUCCUCCAGCAGGUGUCCUUCUCCGUUCCUCCUGGCAAGACCGUCAGCCUCAAGCCGGACCCUAGAGUGAGGAUCGCCCAAUUACCCAUCGCCCAGGACCUCCUCGCCUCCGUCAGGGGGUAGCGAUAACUGACCGACAAUUAUUUAUGUUUUUAUUUACACUGACAAAGUGCAAAUAUCUGCAGCCAUGACUAUAGUCGGUUCCACCAGCUGGCGGGCCUAAGCUCCAUCAACGCCAAGGCGCCUCGUUUCCUUUAUGUUACUUGCUUGCAGUAAACUUUAGCCGAUGGAGAGAAAAUUAGUGCAAAAUAAUGACAAAUAUAUAUAUAUAUAUAUAUAUAUAAAUAUAUAUAUAUAUAUAUAUAUAUAUAUAUAUAUAUAUAAACUUUAACCGAUGGAGAGAAACUUAGUGCAAAAUAAUGACGGGGGGUUGGAAGGGGACACUGAGUCCAU